CUCGCCUUGACAGCCAACACUGGCGCAGAGUCUCAGCGCAAACCGUUAGCAUCUUUUUCUGCCAUAUAUCGGCAAUUCAAACCUAUAUUUUUCACAGAACCUCUUCGGGAGACAAGCGUUGGAGCGGCCUCUUCCAGAAUGGGGAACCGAGACGAUGAAUACGAUUUCCUGUUUAAAGUUGUGUUAAUUGGGGAUUCGGGCGUCGGGAAGAGCAACCUGCUCUCUCGGUUUACCAGAAAUGAGUUCAACCUCGAGAGUAAGAGCACCAUUGGGGUGGAGUUUGCCACGCGCAGCAUUCAGGUGGAUGGCAAGACGAUAAAGGCUCAGAUCUGGGACACAGCAGGACAGGAGCGCUACAGAGCCAUCACCUCGGCAUACUACAGAGGAGCGGUGGGGGCGCUCUUAGUGUACGACAUAGCCAAACACCUGACCUAUGAGAAUGUGGCGCGCUGGCUGAAGGAGCUGAGAGACCACGCAGACAACAACAUUGUUAUCAUGCUGGUCGGCAACAAGAGCGACCUGCGCCACCUCAGGGCCGUGCCCACAGAUGAGGCCCGGGCCUUCGCAGAGAAGAACAAUCUGUCAUUCAUAGAAACUUCAGCCUUGGACUCAACAAACGUUGAAGAAGCCUUCAAGAAUAUCCUCACAGAAAUCUACCGCAUCGUCUCGCAGAAACAGAUUGCUGAGCGGUCUGCCCAUGACGAGUCACCAGGAAACAAUGUGGUGGACAUCAGCGUGCCUCCCACUACGGACGGCCAGAGGGGGAGCAAACUGCAGUGCUGUCUGAACCUGUAACCCAUGGCAACCGUCCCUUCUCACCUGGGUCGAUUAUUAAUUGAAAUCCACAGUGUUGGUAUGCUUCCAUCCACCUGGGGUGCUAUAUUGUCUGAGUCUGCACUUUUUAGGUCAGUGGAGUCAGUUCCAGAAAGAGCUGUUUUCAAAUUGUAAUCUGACCCAGGUACAGUUUGUUACACCACAGUGCAAAAACAGGACUGCUGGUUUAGGGUAUGCAGCUGCACAGUUACCCAUGAUAGCGUAGCAGAAGAGCUCUGCUUGAGACCUUGUGAAGCCGAGACUUCUCCCUGGUACGCGGUGGUUGCACCUGUUGGAGGCCUGCCUGUUCGUCGUACCAGCAGUCCUGUGUUUGGGCUUUCCUCUUUCAGCCAUCAUCUCAUUUUCUGUCAAAUAUAUUCUUUUUUUUGUUUGUUUAUAUUUUGAUAGCUUGUCCGCUCACAUACAUUAUAUUAAUGCCAUGCAAUUAAAUUUUACAAUAUUA